GUCUCGUUAGGCACCGGAGCACUGAAGGCAUCCAACCGCGCUCCAGCUGCGCUUCGCCGAUAUGUUCCCUUGUCGCCUCCACUGCGCCCUGGCGCUGCUCGUGUCCGUGUCCGUGGCGUGGAGCACCGUGGCAGCCGCGCCCUCCGAUCCCAGGCUCCGGCAGUUCCUGCAGAAAUCCCUGGCCGCAGCCGCGGGGAAGCAGGAACUGGCGAAGUAUUUCCUGGCAGAGUUACUCUCCGAACCCAACCAGCCAGACAACGAGGCCCUGGGUUCGGACGACCUGUCCCGCGGGGCCGAACAAGAUGAGGUCAGACUGGAACUCGAGAGAUCGGCCAACUUGAACCCGGGUCUGACCCCUCGGGAGCGCAAAGCCGGAUGCAAAAAUUUCUUCUGGAAAACCUUCACUUCUUGUUAGCUUUCGAAAUCUCCUCUUCCCCCUCCAUCUCUUUCUUUCUCUCUCUCUCUUUCUUUCUCUCUCUCUCUCAUUUCUCAGUCUCUUCACGCCAGGAGCUGAAGACUGUAAUAUAAUAAUAAUAAAAAGAUAAAGUACCAUUUGGUUUUCAAGCUGUUUUAAUAAAGCUUUCUGUUUCAAAUUGUA